UUGUUUGAAUUUUAUGCUUAAACAGCUUAUUCAAUUUACUCUUUACUUUUGGAUUAUGUUAAUUGUUGAUUGUGUUUAAUUUUCUGUUGCAGUUAUAAAAGUUGACGAGCUGAUUAAAGCAACUUUGGACCAAUCAGAUUCGAAAGGUUUUUUGGUCGAAAUAUUUUCGGUAUAAAUUGGACGCUAUUAACGAUGUUGAUCUUAUUUUCGUUUUACAACAACAACAAAUUACUACAAUUUACAGUUAUUAUUAUUGUGUUUUAUUAUCAUACAAUAUGGAAGCUCGACCUCGUGGAAGGUCAUCAUCGAAAAGUCCACCUUCAGCUGAAUUUCCACCUAAGCCGUUGUCUUCAUCUGAUGUUUACCGUGCAGCCGAACCACCGCUUAAAACUAAACCUUCGGGUUUAUUGACGAAAGUUGGUGAAGGUGGAAUAGCGGUUCGUCUUUUUAGUAACCAUUUUCGACUACAAACACCUCAAGAUGUGAUAAUUUACGAUUAUCAUGUUCAUUUCGAGCCGAAUGUUGAAUCAUUACGAUUUCGACGCUCACUAAUAUUUCAAAAUCGUGAAAUGUUCAAUAGCAGUUACAUAUUUGAUGGAAGUGAAUCCAUUAAAUCUCUCCAUGAGCUUACAGGACCCAUCACAGUUUCGGCAGUUGAUAAACAUAAUAAUGAAAAUAUUCAGAUUACAAUUAAACCCACAGGACGAAUUGCCUGGGGCCAUCCGGAGAUGAUGCGUUUCUACAACACCCAAAUGAAACGUAACCUGACUCACCUUUCAAUGACUCGACUUGGGAGAAAUUUUUUCGAUAAAAAUCAAGCCAAAAGGAUUCCCGAACAUUCUGUUGAAGUCUGGCCUGGAGUUCUAACUGCUAUUAACGAACAUGAUGGAGGUAUUCUUAUGGUGGUAAAUUGUUUGAAUAAAAUAAUUCGAAAGGAAACUGCUCUGGAUAUAUUGAGAAGAAUCUGGUCUCAGAAUCGAGACAAUUUUAAAGACUUUGCUCGACGUGAGCUGGCAGGUUCGAUUGUCAUGUCAAAGUACAAUUCGAAAACCUACCGAAUCGAUGAUAUCAUUUUCGAUAAAAAUCCAGAAUCAUAUAUGUUUGAGCGAAAAGGAGAAUCUAUUAAUCUGGUUACUUAUUAUUUCACUCAAUAUGCGAUUAAAAUUCAAGACACUAAGCAACCGCUUCUCAUGGUUAAUCCAACGGAUCGACAACAACGCGGUGGGAUAACCAAAGAUCUUGUUCUGGUCCCGGAGUUGUGCCUUCUAACGGGAAUGUCAGAGAAUAUGAGAAACGACUUCAACUUUCGCAAGGAAUUGGAUAAGCACGUUAAAUUGGACCCACCACAACGAAUGAAUUCACUGAAAGAUUUCAUCAGGAAAAUGAUAUCAAAUGAUAAAGUUCAGGAAGAAAUGAACCAAUGGAAUCUUCGUUUGGAACCUGAUUUGGCUCAAAUUACUGGACGAAUUUUGGGAACAGAGAAAAUUCUUAUGGGAAAUCGAAGUGCUGAAGAUGGUAUUCUUUACGACCAGAAGACGGGAUCAUUUGAGCAAAGUAUCAGGUCAGAGAGCAUGAGAGCUCCCGUUACCCUUGAAUACUGGGUUGUUGUCGCUCCGAUGAGAGAUCGAUCUAUGGUCGAAAGUUACCUGGACAUGUUAAGACGAGUCGCAGGUCCAUUGGGUGUUAAAAUUUCCAUUCCAAAGUUUUUAUACCUAGAAGAUGAUCGAACCCAAACUUAUCUUACCGCUUGCCGAUCAAUUCCCUCUUCCGCUAAAUUGGUACAUGUUGUGGUUCCCAACAACAAUCGCGAUCGCUACAAUACCAUCAAAAGAUACUUUUGCUGCGACCAACCUUGUCCAACUCAAAUUCUAACCAAUCGAAUUCUAAGAAAAAGUCAACUAUCAAUCACUUCUAAAUUGCUCUUCCAAAUGUCCGUUAAAAUGGGUGCUCAAGCUUGGGCUUUAAUCAUUCCGCCCAAAAAUACAAUGAUCGCUGGAUACAACACCUAUCGAGAUACCGUUAAAAAUGGCCACUCUGUGGGUGCUUUUGUUUGUAGCACCAAUGCCGAAAUAACUACUUGGUACUCAAGAGUUUCUUAUCAUAACAAUUGGGAGGAGAUGUCAUGUAAUUUUGCUUCGAGUUUAAAAUUUGGCCUUAAAUCGUGGCAUUCUAUUAAUGGCCGUUUCCCUGAGAAAAUACUCAUCUAUCGUGAUGGUGUUUCCGAAGGACAAAUUGGUUACGUUUAUCAUAAUGAGACCAGAAGAGUAGCCGAGGUCCUAAGCGAACGGGAAGAUUUGAAAGACACCAAUUGGUGUUUCACAGUUGUCAACAAAAGAGCCAAUGCCCGAUUUUUUGCCGUUCGUGGUGGAAUCAAUGAUCCAGUAGUCAAUCCAAUACCUGGAACGGUUAUCGACUCGGUGGUCACUCGAAAGGAGCGAUACGAUUUCUAUUUGGUCAGUCAAUGUGUUCGCGCUGGUACCGUUAACCCAACAAUGUACAACAUAAUCGCCGACAAUACAAAAUGGAAGCCAAUUCAUCAUCAAACGAUCGCAUAUAAAUUAUGUCAUCUUUACUACAAUUGGGCUGGAACCAUUUCUGUCCCAGCGCCUUGUCAGUACGCUUACAAAUUGGCCUGUUUAAUUGGAACCAGCGUCCACCAAGAGCCCAGUCAUGCAUUAGCUAAUCAAUUAUACUUUUUAUAAAUUAAUUAUUACAAAAUGAAAACCAAUCAACCAACAAAAAAAAAAACUUUUCCUAUUCUUUUCAAUGUAAAACUUU